CUCAGAGGCACGUUGGUUCAGUACUCGUUUUGCAGUCAAGGCAUAAAGACAUCAGACCGGUUUUAAUUCACGGAACAGAUCAGGACUAACUGUUUAUCAAAACAUUCGUAAUGGAUAUGGAAGAAUAUUUUCAGUGCAGUCAAGAUAACUGGCUAAACUAUCUUUUAGCGGACGGCGACUGCCUAGAAGAAUGGGGAUUGUGUGACGAAUCAACAGACUUUCUAUAUUUCCCACAUAGAAAAACAAAGGUAGAAAAGAAUCAGGAAGACACGUUGGAAAGGCCUCAAUGCAUCAAGGAAGAUGAAGAUGACGCCGUUGUUCCAGACAGAAACUGUAAGCCACCGUUCAUAUUCAGGGAGCCAGAAGAAGUCAAAGUUCAUUUCCUGGGUCUCAAAAAGGAGUAUGAGAAAGUCCAAAGUCGUGUGAACCGUCAAUCAAGGCAACGACUGACCGACGGAAAAGUUCGCAUAAUGGUGACGGCCGAUGCACAAAUUGCACACAUUGAUGUUCAUGUGGAACGAACACCAAUGGCCACAACUCUCUGUGGUGAUGUUACAGGCAAGGUACCGUUGAAGGUUAAAAUGGGCGGACAAGUAGUCAACAAGCAAUACCUCUCCGUUGAUCUCGAUUCCGUUUACUUGUCGAAAAAAGGCACACCAGUUUACAAGCUUUCCACUGUGGAUGCGGAGAGACGUAACCAGUUCCGCCUGGUAGUCACAGUCCAGUUCAUUGACGGAGCCCGCAGUCGGUCGUUUGUGAGCCCAUCAUUUCUUCUACGGAGCCGCAGACCAGAGAGGAAGAGAAAACAUCGAUCCAAGAAUGAAAGGAGCAAAACUGCUUGCUUACCGAAGCUAGAGAACACUGGAACAGUAUUUAAAGGUUGUAGUUGUAGUAUGAUGAGUUCGGCUGGUUGUUAAGAAAAUAGCUUGCUAAGUCUUUCAAGGCGUCCAGUUGGUAAAACGGAGCGAAAUAAUAAACGACGCGAUAAAUCUAGAGAGAUUUGGGUUGAGUCGCGACCCGUUCCAAACCUUCCUGGGUUUUCCACUCCAUCGCCAUCUCAGUUUAUUAUCGUGCAUCAUUUUACUAACUGGAACAGGCUAUAGCUUGCAGCAUUAGUCUACCAAUAGAACUGUUUAAAAUAUAAAUCAAAUAGCAGGAAAAGUCUGUAGUAUAAUUAUUCUAAAAUAAGCCCAUGACGGCCUUGGCUGAACAUUUUCAAAAUGUUCAAUAACGAAUAUUAAGGAAUUUCACUAACCUCUGGAUAGAAUUUAAAAAACUUUUGAUCCUAAAAAAAGGCUCAGAAGGUUCUCAGAGAUGUUUAAGAUGUUCUUAAUCGAUCGCUGUAAACUAGAAACGGUUUCAGAAACCAAGUAUUAGAAAUUUUCUAGUUGGUUUUUUAUUUUUAGUGACUCAAAAUAUAAUUAAAAAGGACUCGUUUGUUUAUUUCAUAACUUUAGCAUCUUCGUGAUCGAAUGAUGUGAAGGGUUUUUUAGAAAGACGGAUUCGCUGACAUAAGUCUCGGCGAAGAAGAGAAUUCGAACGUAUUCUUUUGAAUAAUUAAUUAUGGCUCUAUUGGAGCAUUUGCGACCGAAUUUUCCAAUUGCUAUCAUUAUUUAAUUCGAAUAGUGGGAACGCACUUGACAAUAUGAGAUUUUAAGAGUUGGCUAUAGGAUAAGAAAGAAAAGCUAUUUAUAAGUCGCGCAUUUUCUUAAUUUAAAAAUUUCCCUGUUUUGUAAGUGUAUGCAACAUGUUUAUUUUAGAUGAAAACAUUAAAAAAGUGUUUAUAAUAAAAUGUUAAAAUGGCUGUAGA